AUGAACAAUCCUCCUCGUGAUGUUGCCGAUCGACUGCUCCGCCGGCUGCGAGAGCUGCAGGUGCCUUCCUGCAGCUUUGAUGAUGUCGAUGAGCUCCUGCAUCGAGUUGUAUUUGGCCGAGGAGACGACGCUGCGAAGAGCCUUUGCGGUCGCUUCGGAGACAGCUUCCGGGCCGGAAAUCUGACCUCGCCGAAGACGGAGGGAGAGGCUGAUGAUGAGUUUUUGGGAGGGUUUGUCCUUGAUGAUGGUUUCGAAGGGGGCUUGAUGGCCGACACCAAUAUGGAUGACAUAGAUGCAUCUUUCGACGACGCCUAUCGGACGAGCCGCAUCGAAGCAGGCGACGAUCCGAGCACGCUACCGAACCCGUACUCUCGACCAUCACUGACAGCAGGUGCGUCCAGAGGCCAGGCUGGCAGGAGCUCAAGCGCCAACGGCACGGCGGGAGGCUUCAUUGCAGAAACCAACGACACUGGAGGAGGCGGCGGCUUCGUUGUGGAUGACGAUGACGAUGGCGGUGGAGGGUUCAUCGUCGACGACGAGGACGACGACGAAGUAGCUCACGGAGCUGGUUUCAUGCCGGAAGACCAAGAUCGAGACGAAGCAUCGACGUCGUCCCCAUCCAUCACGAGACCUGCAACGAUCCCACUCAGUGCUAUACCCGAGGCGCUUUCGAACCUCGGUCUCGAUUCCAGCGAUCCGUCCGUGCUUUCCCUCUUCGCCGAGACAGCCUACACGCCCUCCUCUGCAUCCCGUCGAAGACUCGCACCAGGCGCCAAACCUGAAAAGGUGGUUGGCAGGCAAGAGUUUCAGCAAGUCGCAUUAGUACUGCUCGACGAGCUCCAGAGCCGCAAUGCGAAACGAAGCCAAGAGGAUGAGGAGGAGGAAGAGAGCGGUGGUCGUCGAAGACCUAGUCGGAGGGCUGCCGUUCGAGGGCGAAGGAAAGCGGCAGAGAUCGCGCAGGAGGAUGCCGAUGGAGGCGGAGGUUUCAUCGUCGAUGACGGGGAUGAUUCAGAGGAAGAUUUCGAGGUGUCUUCUCGGCGACGUGGAAACAAAGCCUUGGAUACAGGCUCGGAUCUGACGAGCGAGGAUGAAGCGUCCAUCCACGAUUCCAGGCGUCGACGUCGUCGUAACCCCGCAACUCCACCCUCCCCCAUCGACUCUGACUCAGAACACACUCCCAAACGUCAACGUCGUUCCCGCAACGCCCCCACCAUCCGCUCCACCACCCAUCUCAACCCGCUUCAACGCGACACCGCAUCCACCCUCUUCCAACUUCUCCUCGAUCGUCUCACCCCCUCUUCCUCUUCCUCAUCCUCCUCUACCCUUCCCCUCGCACAACGCAGAAUCGGAACCACGGAACUCACCACAAUCCUCUCAUCCUUAGGAGACAAACUCCCACCAAAGGAGAUCGAGGAGAUGAUCGAAGAGGGUGCCAAACUCUUCGCCCCCGCAACGGAGGAUGGUGGAGAGGCAAAGUCCAAUGCGGCGAUCAAGGGCGCUGCUGCCGCACAGGGAAUCACCGGCGCCAGUGUCGGGCUGGAUGAGUUUGCCGGCAUUCUCGUUCACAAUCGUCUUUUGUAA